UCCCUGACAACUCUCAUAUUCCAUGGUGCCGCUGUCCAUAAUUCUUCCUCGAAUGACCCACCCCGUCACAGUGCUCUAAGGACGGCCUGAGAACGGCUUGUUGCUUUGGCUGCCGGAGAAACUAUUCUAUUAGAGCUUGUUACUGGGAAUCUAACCUGCAGGCCACUAAUUUUAUUUCCCUUUAGAUUAACAGCAAGGCUAUUUUGUAGCUCUACCAUCACCGCUGUUCCUAGCCGAUGGAUAAGGUUAUAAACCAAGCACUGUGGACACUAUGAAGCUUCUGCCAAGCAGUUUGUGAGCUCUAAAGUCUUAUCAAAAUGGUGAAACAAAUAAUUGGUUGCGUUGCUGCCUUCCUUGUCUCUGGAUUCUUCUCCACAGCGACUGCCUCUGCUGUUCCUGAUCCUCGUCAUACGUGCCAGUAUCCGACUAAAAAUGCUCUCGAGGGAUGUCCCAAGAAUAGCAUCCUCGUUGGACAGGACUCCUCGGUCGCCAAGUUCACAUCCAUUCAGAAAGCUAUUUCAUCGCUCCCAGAUAAUGACACCGCCUUCACUAUUGUGGUUCUCUCAGGAAACUACACGGAGCAGUUGAAUGUUACGCGCAAAGCUCCUAUUACGAUCAUUGGGCAAACCCGUACUCCAUUGGAACAAUCAGAGAACACCGUGACUGUAUACUGGUCAUCCAUCAAUGGUGCUGGUUCGGGUCUCACCGACAAUGCUUAUACAUCGGUCUUGACAGUCGCGCCGAAUCUGAACGCCAGUCUCACAGGGUCUGGACCUACUGGGUUCCCCGUCCCUGCGGACACGCCAUUUGGCAACAGCGAUUUCCGUGUCUACAACAUCGACUUCCGCAAUGUCGCCACCGAAAUAGGUGCAGGGCCAUCUCUAGCAGUCAGUGUGAGCAGGGCCAACGCUGGUUUCUACUCUUGUGGCUUCUACAGCUACCAGGAUACCGUCUAUGUUGGCAAGCUCGGUAACGCCUAUUUUUACAAGAACGAAAUUGCCGGCCAGACUGAUUUCCUCUAUGGAUUCGGAACGGCAUGGCUUGAGCGCACGAAUCUGGCACUGCGCAGAUGUGGCGGUGGGAUUAUUGCGUGGAAAGGGACUAACACGACGUUUGCCAACCAGUACGGCUGUUACGUCUCGAACUCGUUUAUCAACGCAGCAAAUUCUUCCAUUGCUCCGGCUAUUGCUGGGAAAUGCUCUCUCGGUAGGCCGUGGAAUGCACAGCAUCGCAGUGUUUAUUUGAAUACUUUCAUGGACGCUUCGGUCUUGCCAGCUGGGUACACGAAAUGGUCGAGUAAUCCUUUGACGAACAACUAUAACAAUUAUACCUUCAUGGGGGAAUAUGGAUCGUAUGGUCCAGGCUUCAACUUGACUGCACGAUUGGCUGGAAAUGUCACCAUUGUGCUGGAUAAGAAGACGGCAAAGAAGUACCUCCAUCCUCGGGAUGUUUUUAUCACUCACGAGGGCAAGCCUAAUGUCAAAUGGAUUGACCCACGCUAUCUAUGAAUUCGGCGCCAAGAGGAGUUCUUGGGUGGUAUUCUGAGUUAGAUAAGCAGAUCUUAAGUAGAAUAGAUAAAAUCAAUGAGAAAAUGG